CAUAUAUAAUAAAACAUCAUCUUAGGAUUUAAUAGCAAGACCAUCUGACGUGUAACCUUCAUUCUGGGGAAGUCUUCAUUCUGCAGCAUCUUGGAAACAUCAUUCUUGCAGACAGCUUGUGACUCCAGCCUUGAUCAGUGGUGUUUUGGAGAGAGACACACCUUGACGUCUGCAGCUUCCACCAACUAAGGAGGAGUAUCCAUUGAGACUUUUCACCUAAGUGGGAUGCUUCUUAAAGGACAGAUACUGUAACAGCAUUUCUUCCUAUAUUAACCUGGGUGGGAAUCGCAUUCACUUAUAGCACCAUGGACCUGCAGUCUCACAGAGGGUCAUCAGAUGUUCCGUGAUGGAAAGUACCAAUUAAAACAUAUUUCUAUACAAAGACUAAAACUGUAAAAAUAGAUAAGGGAAGGGGUCCAAUGAACAUGGAUAUAUCUACUGGAGACAUCCAACAGGUUCUUUCCAUUGACCAAAUUCGAUCUAUCCGGGCCAAUAAUGAUUACGUGGAGCGACCUACAGUCUCAUUUAUGCAAACCUGGUCUAAUCCUUCCCUUUCACAACAUGCUGCCAAGCAAGAGUGGCCUCAUGAUCAUCUGGUAUCCUACAAUCACCACGAUCUCCACCGUAGCCAAAGUCAUCAACAUCCAUCACAACAUCUUUCACAUGAGCUAAGCCAUUCCAGUACAAUAAGUUCUGUUUCUCGAAGCACUACUGCUUCAGACCAGAGACUGUUAACUGGGAUAACUCCAUCUCACUCGGGGCACUCACUCAGGAGGACGCAGCCAAAAGAUGGUGACCUUAAGCAAGAUGAGUUCAUCAAAGGAAUAAUGGAGAAGCCAGAUAGAUAUGUAGGUCAUCUCUUCAUCUGUGAAGAGUGUGGGCGCUGCAUAUGUGAUGAAUGUACACAAGUUCGGAACCUUCCUUCGUGUUGGGUUUGUGACCAGAGGUGCUUGUGCUCUGCAGAAAAUGUCAUCGACUAUGGAUCUUGCCUGUGCUGCAUCAAAGGCCUAUUCUACCACUGCUCUACUGAUGAUGAGGACAACUGUGCUGAUGACCCCUGUUCUUGCAGUCAGGGAUCCUGCUGUGCCCGUUGGGCAACAAUGAGCUUCCUCUCCUUCUUCAUGCCCUGUUUAUGCUGCUAUCUUCCUGCCAAGGGUUGCCUGAAGCUCUGCCAGAAAGGCUAUGAUAAAGUAAAAAGACCUGGCUGUCGAUGCGAGAAUCAUACCAACACCGUCUGCAGGAAAAUAUCCUCAUCUAGUGGCACACCUUUCCCAAGGCCUUUUGAUAAGCCAGUAUGACCUACCGGCUGUGGUUGGAUAUGACCCUAUAUCUCGUUUCUUCUUCACUACUUCCUGCUGUGCUCUUUUUCACUGGUGCCAGUGAGAGUGAAAGCCUUACCAAGACCCCAUUAACAAUUCAGGAAUGUAAGAGAGGUUUCAGAACAUUAUAAAUACAACAGAGAGGAAUGGGCACUCUUCGUAUUCCAUGUUGAAAAAGCUGAAGUAGAGUUCAUGAUGUGACCUUCCCGCACCAUGCCCCUGGAAUAUUGUUAUCAGGAAGUCAUUCAAAAUUGGCUUGAUUGUGAUAUCUUCCAUCUGACAAUGCAGACAACCAACAUCUUCCAAAAAGAAAGGACUCUCGUCUGUCCAUUGCUCUCUACAACAUUGGCUGAGAAAGUCAACAAGUCCAUCUUUCGUUUGAAGAGAUUAUCGAUUAAAGGAAAAUUAUGCACCUUGUUGUUUCUAAAGAAAAAAUAUUGGACAAAUCAAGCCUGAUUAAACAAAAAGAA